AUGGGGAAAAUUUCAUCAUCAAAUUGGAUAUGGAGAAGGCGUACGACCGCUUGCAAUGGGACUUCAUUUCUUUUGUCCUACAGAAAUUUGGCUUCAAUCACCAAUGGAUUCUUCAAGUGGAGUGAUGCUGGAAAGAUGUCUGGUUCUCCAUUCUUAUCAAUGGAAGGAGUUAUGGUUUCUUUCAAGAGAAUAGAGGGAUCUGGCAGGACGACCUCAUUUCUCCCUCAAUCUUCAUCAUUGCUGCAGAGGUCCUUAGUAGGGGCAUCUCGAACAUGUUCUCAUCAGGGAAUUGUCAAAAGUUCAGCCUUCCUCAAUGUUGUCCAUCGAUUACUCAUCUAUUUUUUUGCUGAUGAUGUUAUCCAGUUUCUCAAUGGCAGGCUUUCAAAUGUGCACGUUUUGCAGAAUUUAAUUCAUCAAUAUGAAUCCUCUUCGGGUCAAUGGGUGAAUGCAGCGAAGACGGUCUUCAUCACGCCAAAGAAAAUAACCCAACGCAAAGCCCAUCGCCUCUCUAGUAUCACUGGAUACACCCACUCUUCCCUGCCAAUAACUUAUUUGGGUGUUUUGUUAGCCAAAGGAAAGAUCAGGAGCCCGUUAUUGCAGCUGAUCGUCCAGAAGAUCAUCAACAAAAUUAAGGGCUGGCAAGCUAAGUUCCUCAAUCAGGUGGCAAAAUUGACCCUCAUAAAGCAUGUUCUUUCAAAUAUCCCAGUUUACCUUCUUUCAGCUAUCAACAUUCCGAAAUCGGUUUGCAAAACUCUGAAUAGAGCUUUAGCCAAUUUUGUCUGGGGUAGCUCUAAAGAAGGCCACAAGAGGCACUGGAUUAAUUGGAUGAAGAUUUGUGCCCCUACCCAGGAAGGAGGCCUGGGUAUCAGGUUAUUUGAAGACGUUAUGCAGGCUUACAGAGUGAAGAUGUGUUGGAACUUGUUGGAGAGCAAAUCCAUAUGGGCAACCUUCUUCUCAAGUAAAUACUUUUGGAAUUUCAUUUUUAGGAAAGGAAUAGCUUCAUCGGUCUCGUCGUCUGUCUGGAAGGAGAUGCUCAAGGCUCUUCCAUUCGCUCUUAGCCAUUCCAGAUGGCUCAUUGGUGCAGGUAGAAUCAGUUUCUGGGUUCACAACUGGUCAGGCUGCGGUCUCCUUGCUACUGCAAUUGUGCGGCCUGUUCCUCCCCACCUACUUUCGGCCACAGUUAACGACUUCAAUCCUUUGUUUAGGCGGUGGUGCCUAACCGAUAUUUAG